UAACACACAAACUUUUAUACGGAAUCUAGUAAAUAAUAUCAAUAUUCAACUUUUAAAUUUAUGAAAUAAAUAAUUUUUUAUUAAUUAAAUUUACUAACCUUUAUUUAUAGGCUGCAUGAUGGAUGGAAAGUUGUUGUCUGUGAUGCUCGAUGGUGGUAGCUGCACCAAUAUAGUGAGUUUUGAUGUAGUUAAGAAGCUGAGAUUGAGUACUGUUAAGCAUUCACAGCCUUACAACCUUCAUUGGUUGAAAGAUUAUGGAGCCAUCAAGGUCAACAAGAUGGCCAAGGCUCGAUUUCAUAUUGGUGAGUAUGCAAAUGAAGUAUGGUGUGAUGUUGCUCCAAUACAGCUCAUCCACUAUUGGGCCGUUUGUGGUAAUAUGAUCUUGGAGUUACUCACGGCGGAAGAGGGGCUUAUGCAAUUUCGGUUGACCGAGCAAGAGAGAGACAACGGGAUAGCGAGAAGGGGAAUCCCCGAUUAGAGGGAGGGAGAGUGUCGACCGACGAAUAUGACGUCCGACCUAGGAUCGGGCCUAGGCGGAUGAAAGAUACAUUUUCCUUGUUUGUUUUGGUUAUUUUAUUUGCCUUGGACUAGACUAUAUGAAGGGUUAAAGACACGAAUUUUAGUUAGUUUUGAAGAAUAUUGAUUUUUAUCUUGGUUUAUUGAACUUUAGACUUGUGAAUUGUUUUCUGUAUCAAUCAAGUUUUUCCCCUUUAUUGUGAUCGGGAUUCUUAUCUUUUAUAGAGCCUUCUCCCAUCUUUGUGAUUAUACUUUCAAUUUUGUUAUAUCCCAAAUAAAAAUCCUAAAAAUCACUUUUUUGUUGAUCUCGAAGUUGCGCGUUACUUUGAUAACUACGAGUGCUGGAUCCAUGUUCGUAUCAAAUGAGUUAUUAUAUGUGUCUAUUUAUAAUAAUUUUGUUUAUAGAUCAUCAGUUCAUUAAACGUACUUUUAACGGUUUAACAUCGGUUAGAAAACUAAAAUAUAAACUGUUUGCUAUAUCGGUUUAUACUCCGAUUCGAUUCUAACCACAAUGGUGUUGUAAGGUAAACCAGAACGAGAACCCUUUGCCUUGAAUCGGAUCGGGCUAAUGAAUGGAUUGUCCAAGUAAGAAAACCAGAAAGAGAUAAAAGCCCAUACUAGAUUAUCGAGCACGAGCACGAGCCCAGUCCAGUCCGGGUUCUCCAACUGAAAUUUUAAAAAUUCGAAAAUGUAAGCUUCUCAUGUUUUCUACUAACUUGUCUUGCGGUUGCAAUCAGUAUCAGUUCCUCAAAUCAGUUCCGAACCCUAAAUCUCUUCUUGGACUGCGGCUUCGUAUUUGACGACGAAGCCAUCAUCCAAGGCCCCUCGUGAAGUACCCGGUCAUAAUCUUCCUUUGAACGGAACCGAACGAAAUAAUAUCCCAUAGUGAAAUCUCUCAACUCAAAAGGAAAAAAAAGGCUUGCAUAGAUCAUUAAGUUUCUAAUAAAGAUCGGAUCGGCCGCUGAAGGAUAAAUCGCGGGAAGUGGUGUUCUUUCUUUCGCGAGCGGUAAAUUAAUUAGGGGUUAGAAAUGAAUCCUGGAGUGGAUAAGAUAGUGAGGAGGACAACAAUGGUGGCCACCGUCGUCGCUUCUUAUUUCCUCUUAACUGCUGACUACGGCCCCGAGCCCAAUGUUCUUGAUCCGGUAAGUGAAUUAUGAGGAGCACCCUCUAUCCAAGUUUCAUCCUUUAGUUGCGUCUUUCAUCGAUUUAUCAGAAUAAGUGUUCUCCAUCCAAGUGAUUGCCGAAAUUUACCAUGAUUGCUUCUGGCUUCCAUGUGUUCGACGAUAUGUCUGUGUGGAAUACUGAACUAGGAAAACAACAAGCCUGACUUACUUGAUGCCCCGUCCGUAGCACGUAAUGGUUAAUCUUUCCCCCCAGCUUUAAGAUCCCCAAAUGGGACUAGGGUUGUCUCUCUUUGCUGGGUAGUCGGAAAGCCUCCAGUUUGUCUUCAUUAAACUUUGGUACUGGUGGCGCCGUCCUCGGUGUUACUAUUGAGUUGUAAACCUCAGUUGUCCAUUCUACUUCACAGUAAAUAAUGGUGUACUCUUUGAGUGUCCGAAUUUCCAUAUUCUUGUUGCAAGAAUCCUAGUUUCUUCCUUUACUUGCAUCUUUCACUGAUUAUCGAAUGAGCAGAGUUUUGCCAGUGUGACGUUUCCAUUGAGGCAGAGUUUUGCCCAUUGUAAUUAAUCCAGUUUUGCCCAUUAUAAUUAAUCCCGGUCCUAUCUAUCCGUUCAACUUUCGCUUGCUGUUCCUGACCAUUCUCGUCGCGUUUCCCUUGUUCCAGUUUCAUUUGCUGGGCGGCUCUCUUGACUGAACUUGUUAUCUCCUUGCAAUAUGCAGGUUAAGAAGGCAAUACGAUCUGCAGAGAAUUCAGUGAAAGAGUUCUUUGUUGGAUCGAAGAAAGACUCGUCACGGUAGUAGUCGAUGGCAGACAACUUGGAUCCCUUCCUCGAAAUGGCCACGAGUGACGGAUUAACUUUCUCUGUGUGUAAUUUAUUAGAAAGUAUCAGCAGAAAAGAUGGAAAUGAAUAAAGGGAGAGAAAAAUGGAACUAGCACAAGGGAACUAUAGGGUUGUCUAUAUAGUUCAGUUGAGUUUGUUCAUUUCUUUCUUGUGCCAGAUUUCCAAAAUGAAGCUAGCGGUUGUAUGGAUGCAGAAUUUUAAUAAUGAGUGACUUGGGUACAAAUUACUCAAUAAAUAACUAGGGUUUUA